AUGGAUGGUAAGUCGGACGUUGAAGUUCACAGGUACCACGUCCGACAGGUUCUUACAAUCAUGCGAAAGCAUCAAUUGUUCGCAAACCUCAAGAAGUGUAAAUUCGCAGCGGACGAAAUACCACUUCUUGGGUGCAUCGUUGGUAAGAACGGUGUACGUCCUGAUCCGGAAAAGAUUAAGGCGAUUAGCGACUGGCCUGUGCCAGUCGAUGUCAAGGGACUUCGAAAGUUCCUUGGCUUGGUGGCAUACUUGGACAAGUACUCGCGCAACUACGCCGAGAUGACCGUACAUCUCUCUCGUCUGCUAAAGAAAAACGAGAGGUGGUCAUGGGGCGCUGAGUGUCAGCACUCUUUUUUGAGUAUCAAGAAAAGCUUGAUACAGUCGCCUGUGUUGGCGGUCGCUGACCAGGACAGACCAUUCCAUGUGGUCUGUGACGCCAGCGAUUUAGCAAACGGCUACGGGUUAAUGCAGAACGACUCAGACGGCGUUGAGCGCGUCGUCUUUAUCAAUCGUGUCAGCUGCAAGCAUCUGAGCGUAAUCACCGGUGCAUGGCAAGGAACUCCUUGCAGUAAUAAAUGUACUGGCUAA